CGCAACCGGCCCUUCCCAAUCACUCAAUCAGACCGGAUGCCCUGGCCCUGGCCAGCGUGCCGGGGCUCCUGAUGAGAAGCAGUCGACUAUUGCCGCACCGAGUGGAGCGAAUAGCUGCUACAGAACCCAACGUGGGGGACGCGAUCCGAGCUCCGAGCGUUCGUCUUCCUGUCGUCGUCGACGAUGGGAAUUUGUCGACAAUUGACAACCAUAUCAUUCAUUACCCUGACACCCCAGACCAAGACGGCGACAGCGACGACGACAAGAACGACGAGGAACAAGCGAAUACUCGCGACGCGGAUCUCAUCAGCACAUUGAUUGCAUCUCGAUAGCAACCCCACUACUACGUCGAGAUACCUAGAUAGAUACCCGCCAUUCAUCAUCCAUCAUUCCAUCAUCCGUCGAGUCCGCCUCCCUCCUCUCCUUCCAAAAAAAAACUCCCACACACGCUCUCUCUCUCUUUUUCUGUUCUUCCCUCCUCUUCACCUCAUCCACACCAUGAACCUCAUCGAUCUUUUCCACCAAAAACUCGAGCUCUUCCGUCUCGAAAAGAAGUACAUCCGCGGCCGCAGCCGCCGCACCACCUUCGUAUCCGAAGCCCAGUACGUCGACGGCGAAUACAUCUACUCGCCAAGAUCGUCCAAGUACAGCGCGGGCAACAGCGACAGCGAGGCCGGGAGCGACAAGGCCCGCCGCCGCCGCUCCAAGAUGGGCCUGGAUAUGAGGGACUGGAGGAAAUCGGCGGGGUUCGGGGACCGCCGCGUCGACGUGCGGUGGGGGGAUGACUUCCGCUCAUGAGCCCCGGGGGGGAGAGAGCUGUGCGGAUUC